GGAAAGCUUGUUGUUCGAUACCGGUUGCACUAUCCACGAUGUCAGUCACGGGGGGAAUGAUCGGUUUCAUGAAACAGAUGUUAGAAGAAUACAAAAGUUUAAGAGGGAGGACGAAGGACAGCGGUGUCAGGCCCUUCUGGGAUGUGGUUGUCAUCACAACGGCUGAUGAAGAUCAAAGGAAGGCCUUCCAGCUGCAGAUUGAUGACAAGGCAGGACGGAGGGAGCUACCCUUAGAUCUACCUAUACAUGUCGUCACAGACCCACCUGGCACCAGGAUCGGUAAUGGGGGUUCUACCCUGACUGCCUUAGAGCACCUGCAUGAUGAAUACGGGGCAGAGAUGUACCAGAUGAAGACCCUCCUGAUACAUGCCGGAGGCUGGAGCCAGAGGAUGCCCAGCGCCAGUGUCCUGGGAAAGGUGUUUUCGGCCCUCCCCCACGGGGAGCCUCUGUACCAGAUGCUGGACCUCAAGCUGGCCAUGUACUGGUCACUCGUGGACAAGAUGAAGCCUGGGGUACUGCUCGUCUGUGCUGAUGACUUCCUGGUGUAUAAUCUUGGAUCUGAUUCGGAUUGGUCUAUUCCCGACACUGGGUUCACUGCAUUUGCUCAUCCUUCAUCCAUUGAGAUGGGGCGCACACAUGGUGUCUAUGUUAUUGCAGAUCAGGAUAAGAUCAACAGACAGAGGCAUGUUUCUAUUGAGGAGUGUCUUGAGGUGUUGCAGAAACCCACGGACGAGAGGAUGGAGAAACAGGGAGCUAUACUUGAAGGUCAAGGUCCUUUUGUAUUUGCAGAUGAUUUGACUCUUGAGGGCAAGGUCGUUUAUACUGACAGCAGUUUCUACUUCGGGACUGACAUCAUGAAGAGUCUCCUAGAUUUGAAGAAGAAGAUUGGCCAUAUCACCUGUGAGAUUGAUGCUUAUGGCGACUUCUUACAAGCUCUCGGUCCCAGGGCAACAGCUGAAUAUAUUGACAUGACGGGGAAUAUAAGUCUCAUGACCUCUGACCUCAAGGACACCAGGAUGAAGGUGUUCAAUCAUCUGAAAGGAACCGAUAUCCAUCUUCUUGUGAUGAAUGCUUCAAAGUUCAUCCACAUUGGAACCACAAAGGAGUAUAUAUACCAUUUGUGUGAAGACAAAGAAUUCCAACAGCAGCUUUCAUUCUCAAAAGAUGUCUUUAAUGUUUGGACUGACAGCUUUCACCAAAAUAAUCACAAAAGGCCUAAAAUGGAACAUGAAUCGUUUGGUUGUGUGAUGCACUCGUCAUUGCCAAAAACAUCAUCAACCCCAGUUAGGUCUGUGAUGGAAUACUGCCACUUUGACAUCCCAGUGUCAGUUCAGCCCAACACCAUCCUCAGCAACUGUCAGUUUCUGUUGUCCAAAGUGUCCAAUCCUCCCAUGGUCCUCACUGUACCGAAGGGAUGCUUCCUCCAUACUGUGCCCAUCUGUGUCGACAACAGCACAGAGUUUGUUACAAUUUUCCUGGAUAUUUUUGACAACAUCAAGAAGUCAUGUUCCUCAGAAGAAGUGACUUCUUUGUCCUUUCUUGGUAAAACGAUUGAGGACUUUUGCUCAUCGUCAGACUUGACUGUGAAAGAACUCAUCCCCAAAGACUCGUCUGGAAAUGCAGCUGACAAAAUUAGCCUGUGGACUCUGAAACUCUUUGCUGCUCAGUCAUCUAUGACAGAAUCAUUUUACUUUUCCCUCACCGAAAUGAAACAUCUUAUUAGUGGGAAGAAGACAGCAGAACCUUCAAGCUGCAGACGCCUCUCAAUGGCUGACCUUCUCAAGGUGAAGGAUGUGGCAGCCAUGUUGAAAUAUCGGAGGAAUCUCUUUCAAGCCAUCACAGCUGCCAAGAACUGAUCUAGUUUAUUGCUUUAGACAUGGGGAAUGUAUAAAGAUCUUGAUUUCAGUCAUGCUUUUAGGUUUAUGCAAAUACUGUGGUUCUUUCAGGGUGAAUGUUAAGGUACAUAUUUUAUCAGCUUUUUGUGCCAAAAAUGUUUUUGCAAACUUUGCGCAUAUCAUCAUGAUCAUGUUCAAUGAUGACCUAUAUUUUGUGUCCAAUAAAUCAGGCCACAAUAUUUUAAGGUUUAGCCUUUCUCUGUGGGAUACAUGUUUAUCAUCAUGAUCAUGUUCACUGGUGACCUAUAUUUUGUGUCCAAUAAAUCAGGACACAAUAUUUUAAGGUUUAGCCUUUCUCUGUGGGAUACAUGUUUAUCAUCAUGAUCAUGUUCACUGGUGACCUAUAUUUUGUGUCCAAUAAAUCAGGACACAAUAUUUUAAGGUUUAGCCUUUCUCUGUGGGAUACAUGUUUAUCAUCAUGAUCAUGUUCACUGGUGACCUAUAUUUUGUGUCCAAUAAAUCAGGACACAAUAUUUUAAGGUUUAGCCUUUCUCUGUGGGAUACAUGUUUAUCAUCAUGAUCAUGAUCAU